GGUUCAGCCUUCAUGAUGGUCAACACCAGCGGACGUUCCUCGGGCCAGAAGGCCCAGCUGCUCAUGCCUCAGCUCAAAGAGAACGACACCCACUGCAUCAUCUUCCAGUACUAUGUGGCGGGCCAGCGCGAGGGCGCCAACCCGGGCCGGCUCAACAUCUACAUUAAGGAGAACAACAGUCCGCUGGGCAUCCCCGUGUGGAACGCCUCCGGCCCCGCCCACCCCACCUGGCGCCAGGUGGAGCUGGCUGUCAGCACCUUCUGGCCCAACUUCUACCAGAUUGUCUUUGAGGCUGUGAGCACAGGACAACGAGGCCUACUGGCCAUCAAGGGCAUCAUCUUGCAAGGCCACCAGUGCAUGAGCACCCCACACUUCCUCCACAUCAAAGGUGUGGAGGUCAACGCCAGGCAGACCGCCACCUUCCAGUGCACAGUCAACGGUCGACCACAAGACAGCCACAACCUCUGGUUACAGGAGGCUGAAACUACCUGCAGCAUUGAGAGCAUCCUGACUGGUUGUAUCACCGACUGGUGUGGCAACUACACCACCCUCGACCAGAAGACAAACUGUUUCCAUUCUCCCGUCCAGCAGGCGGUACUGGUGCAUCAAGGCCCAGACAAACAGACUCCUAAAGAGCUUCAGYWCCAUGGCCAGAAGACUUAA